UGUCACCUGUCAAUGUCAUUGAUUGAACGGCUGAUUUGAGGUUAUAUUUUACUAGAUUUAUUUAAUUUUCACAAAACGAGUGAAAUUAUUUAGCAAUGAAGCUUUCUCAGGUCUUAUAUCGACAACAUAUUGGAUUUAUGUUCAAAAAACAUUGGAUGAUACAAGGCAAACGCGUACCUGUGGACACUGGUGUCGAAGACGCUUUGAAAGCAAAGGGGAUCCCUGUGGAAGAUGCUCUAGAAUUCGUAAAAGAUAAACCUGAAACCCAUGAAAGAUUAAACAUUGUUGGACAGUAUGAACUGCCUCUGCCCCUUGAUGAAAAUCAUCCAAAUUACAAAGAGAAACCUUGCUACACUCUAAAGAACACUAAUGUUCUUCUUGAAGGAAUUUCUCAAGCCCAGGUUUUGACUAAAACCAUCAUUGCUGAAGACAAGUUACCUGUAAAAAUAGAGGAGCUUGCUCAAAUCGCAGCCCCUAAAGCGAUACAUGAGAAUGUCAAAAAAGCAAUAUUAUCAGCCAAUGUCUUUGACUGUGAACAGGAAAAGUUGCCUAAAAUUAAAGAUCCGGCGCGUCCAGCAUAUAACUUCCCUAGGAUACUGGGUAUCACAGACAGAAGGCGAAACCAAAUUCUAACAAACCGGCUUCUCCAACUGAUAGAGAAAAGCAGUGACACAGAAGUCACGCAAACAAAGUAUGUUGUCAAUGAUGUUAAGGCACACACAACAUUUGAUAAAGAAGAUGACCUAUUCCAAUUUCAAGACAUAUGCAACAUUCUAGUGACUAGUAAUAAACCUGUAAAGCAUGAGACAGAAAGAGACAUACCAUUUGUUGAGAUCCCAGAUUUGUAUCCUAUAAAACACACUAUUACUUUGGAUAUGGAUCAUUUUUACAGUGAAACUAGUAGAUAUCCUAUCAAACCAACUGUUAACAUGCGUCACCCUCAUACAACAUGGCUGCAUUACAAUGCCACAGAGGUUGGCAACCUUUAUGAAACUCCAGUCACACAAAGCCAGAUCCUUGGUCGGUCUCUUACACAUGCUUUUACUGUCGCCUCUGCAUAUGCAAAACAAUUGCAUGGGGAAAAUGUGAAAGAUUUACCUGAACCAGUAUACAUUAAUUGCAUUCAAACUGAUGGACAAAAUUAUCACUUUGGUGUACUUGAAUUGAACACCUUGAAUGUUGAUGGAAAUGAAGGAACUAAAAAUUUAUGGUACUGCAAAAAUAACAUGCAACUGUAUGGCGCAAGUAAAUACUUUGGUGGUAUGCCUGUAUUAGAAAACUACAACCCAAAAGUGUAUGGUUACAUUAACGCUUUUUACAAUUGCUAGGCUAAU